AUGGCGUUCUUUAAGAAGCAUAAUUCCCUGUGUUUGUUAAAACAAGUUUGGCUUAGUGGUAGAGCUACUAGUAGCAACAGGGGCGGACCUGCUAAGUGGUUAGAUGAUGCUGUAACAUAUGCAGAUAUACAAACAUCCUUUGUGGAUCCAUGCACUUCAUUGCCGUAUCCGGAAAAGGAAUUACACCGAUUUUUAGAAAAAAUACCGAAAAUAAAGGGGAAGAAUGACGAUAAAAUUGUUGUCAAAAGAAGUAGCAGUAAGAAACUUGAUUUUAGUCAUAUACCUAUCGAAGAACAAGUGGUUGUUUUAUUUCCUGGUCAAGGGACUCAGUACGUCGGCAUGGGUAAAAAAGUAAUGAACUGUGAAAGAGCAAUUGAAAUUUAUAAGGAAGCAUCAGAAAUAUUGCAAUAUGAUUUGCUGGAACUGUGUCUGGAAGGACCAAAAUCAAAACUCGACCAGACAGUUUACGCUCAGCCAGCUAUUUUCGUCAGUUCGUUGGCUGCGUGGGAAAAAGCAAAGGCAGAAAAUGAAACACUGAGUGUUCGUACGACUGACGUAGCUGGUUUCAGUGUUGGUGAAUUUGCUGCACUUGUACUUUCUGAAGUACUUUCUUUUGAGGAUGCUCUUCGGCUGGUAAAAAUUCGCGCUGAGGCUAUGCAGCAGUGUAGCUUGAGGUAUCAUUCCGGGAUGAUAACACUACGGGUAAAUGCGGCUACAAGACUGGAGGAUGCGUUAGAAGACGCCAAAGCUUACGCAUGCGAAAAAGAUCAGCCGCCGUUAUGUGAAGUAGCCAAUUAUUUGGUUUGCGGUGUGAAAGUCAUUGGAGCAUCGGAAAAUUGCAUUGAUUUUCUGAGCAGUAAUCAAGAGAAAUAUGUUUUUCAGGUGGUCAAAAGAUUGGAGGUAAAUGGCGCAUUUCACACCACUUUAAUGAAAGAUGCUGCUAAUGCGUUGAAGAAUGCUCUGAAAGAUGUGAAAAUUAACCAGCAGCCACGAGUGAAUAUUUAUUCAAAUUACACAGGUAAAUUACAUGUGUACAACGAAAAACAGAUUCGUGAAGCGAUCGUGAAGCAAGUUUGUUCACCAGUUAAAUGGGAGCAGAUCCAACAACUACUUCAUGCAAAACACCAAGAUUUCAAGUUCCCAACAUUCAUGGAAGUAGGACCAGGAAAACAACUUGGCGCAAUGCUUUUGAAAAUAAGCAAGAAAGCUUACAAGAACUACGUAAGUUAUCCAGUGUAG